AUGGCGGAUCCUUUGUCGAUAGCAGCUGGAAUCGUUGGCGUAAUUCAAGGUUUCAAGGCCUGCUGGGACUAUUAUGAGGGUGUUAAAGGCGCUAAGAGCGAUAUUGGAAAACUCAAGGCAGAGAUCGGGAGUAUCGAAGGAUUAAUAAAACGACUUGAUGAGCUUAUAAAGAACCCGAAAUACCACGGCCUUUCCGAGAAUGGAGAGUUAAAGGUUGCACUGGGGGGCUGCUUGAAGGAACUUGAACAACUCCAUGACAAACUGGAUUCGCAAAAAGAGCAGUCGCGCUUUAGAUAUCUCAAACGUACAAAGUGGCCGUUCGUUAAGACCGGAGUAGUUGAAAUCGUCAACAGUCUAGAAAGGUGGAAGGCAUCUAUUAAUACAUUUCUCAUCAUAGACCACACGGAGACUGUCCGGAAUCUGAACCAGAAAUUCGAUUUGGCAGGGCUCCCCAUCGCUGAAGGGGCGGGAUAUAAAAGCUUCGAGGACCGACACGAACCCGAGUGCUUACCUGGGACUCGGUCUGAGCUGCAAGAACGCAUUGCAGGCUGGGCGGAUGCUCCGCCUGGUGCUAGUGAAUGCAUUUUCUGGCUAAGCGGCGUCGCAGGCACCGGGAAGUCCACGAUAUCGCGAACAAUAGCUAAAAGACUCGAAAAGAAAGGCCAGCUUGGGGCCAGCUUCUUUUUUAGAAGAGGCGAGAAGGACCGCGGUAGGGCCGCCAGACUGUUCACCACGAUUGCGUUUCAAUUGGCACAUACAGUCGGCGUUGGGCGGAAUAUACAAAGGGCCAUUGAAGCGGACCCUGGCAUCCCCAAAAUGAAUAUCGCGGAACGGUUUGAAAAACUGAUAUUACAGCCUCUGUCCGGAUUGUCAGGCACUGGAAUUGAGCUUCGACAUACUAGAGUUAUUAUUUUAAUUGACGCAUUGGACGAGUGCGACGACGAAAGAGACCAAGAAGAAAUCGUAUUCCUUCUCUCGCGACUAAAGGAGGUAAAAAGUAUCGAAUUUUGUGUUUUCCUGACAAGCAGGCCGGAGCUGCCUAUUCGGGAUGGGUUCAAAAGCCUCUUUGAGGGUUGCCAUCAAGAUGUCGUCUUACACGAGGUGCAUGGAAUCGACAGGGACAUUCGUAUUCUUCUAAAUGAUGAAUUUUCGAAAAUACGAGCGAAGAGAGAGCUUCCCAAGGACUGGCCGGGCGACGAAGACAUCACAAAGCUAGUUCAAAUAGCCGUACCCUUGUUCAUUUUCGCAAAGACAGCUUGUCGUUUCAUCGCUGAUGAAAACUGGGAUGCUAAGGAACAGCUCGGUCUCAUUCUGGAAUAUCAGGCAGACUUGACUGAGGACGCUCGCGUAGAACAAACCUAUCUUCCCGUCCUCAAGCGGUUUGUCGAGAAUCAAAACUCUGCCAAACAACGGGAUAGGUUAGCAGGAGAGUUUAGGGAGAUAGUUGGGUCAAUUUUGACUCUGGCUAGUCCACUCUCGAUCCCGUCUCUAGCAAAACUUCUGUCCGUCCCGGAAACAACAAUCGAUAAUCGGCUCAAAAAACUGCAUUCCGUUCUCAACAUACCUAUGGGACGCCAUGACCCGGUCAGAACAUUUCAUCUAUCUUUCCGCGAUUUCCUUGUUAGCCCGCGUUUGUGUAAUGAUAAGAAUAUGUCCCAACUUUGGAUAAAUGAGAAAGAGAUACACAAGAUGCUCGCGACUAAGUGCAUCGAGAUCAUGUCAAAUUCUGAAGGCUUAGGGUUGAAACAAGACAUCUGCCGUUUAGAGCUACCAGGAAUCCUGCGAUCCGAAAUUCACGAAAUUCUGGUGCAAAAGUAUAUAUCUCCUGAGCUUCAGUACGCAUGCCGUUACUGGGUAUAUCAUCUGACCCGGAGCGGAAAUAAAAUUUGUGACGAUGAUCAAACGCACCGAUUUCUAGAGCGCAGGUUGCUUCAUUGGCUUGAAGCGGAGAGUAUACUGGGCGAUCUGGAAAAUACAAUCCAGAUGGCGGAGGACUUGAGAGCUAUAGUGGAUGUCGAAAAGGGCGAAAAAGUCCUAGCUUUUCUUUAUGAUCUUAGGAGGUUCUUGCUUCAGAAUAGGUAUAUCAUCGAUAGGGCACCUCUACAAACUUACAUCUCAGCGAUCAUAUUCACGCCAGAAGAUAGCAUUGUCAGAAAACGGUUCGACUUGAAAGCAAUGAUACCGUGGAUCCGAUCAUUUCCCAAAGUCCAACGAAAUUGGGGUGGUCUGCUGCAGUCCCUAGAAGGACACAAAGGUAUGAUUAAGAGUGUAGCGGUCUUCGACGGCGUCAUCGCCUCUUCGUGUUCAGAUAGGAUAAUCAGGCUGUGGAAUUCGGGCACUGGGGCACCGUUACGGACGAUAGAAGGAGAUGGGAGAUCGAUAAACAGUUUGGCGUUUCGUUUCGAUGGAGUUUUGGCGUCGGUAUCUGUAGAUGGGAUGAUUAAAUUGUGGAACAUAGAUACUGGGAGGUUGUUGCGGACCUUGGAAGAGAAUACGAGUGCUGUUGAGGUGAUAAGGUUUUCUGCUGGUGAUGUCUUAGGAUCUGGAUCUUCUGGCGGUGAAGUUAUACUGUGGGAUACAGGCUCAACGUUAACACAACCUAAACCGCAAGUGCUUGAAGGACAUACCAGUGGAAUUCAGGCCCUAGAAUUCUUUAACGAUAUUCUAGCAUCUGGCUCUGACGAUAGAUCUAUCAGGCUAUGGAAAACAGACGGGACGUUGUUGCGAGUGCUAAAGGGGCAUACAGACAGUGUCAGAGCUCUUGCCUUUUCUUCUGAUGGAACUUUGGUAUCAGGAUCUAUUGACAAAACAAUCAAGUUGUGGAAUGUGGACGGAACAUUGCUGCGAACGCUGGAAGGGCACACAAAAGCUGUUGUGAGCUUGGUAUUUCUUAAUGACAGAAUAGUUUCUGGGUCCUGGGACAACACAUUCAAGUAUUGGAGCAUGGAUGGGACACUCCUGCAAACAGUGGAAUUCAAACGCGGCGGCACGAUCCAGGACACUGCACUUGCUUCUGGCGGGAUUUUAGUAUUAGGAGAUUCAGAUUUCACUAUUAGACUUUGGGAUCUGAACGAGCCAUCGGCACUGAUUUUACAGGGCCAUACGGACAUUGUCGGUGGUGUAGCGUUCUCUUCUGAUGGUAAAAUUCUAGCUUCCGCAUCUCGUGACAAGGCUAUCAAGCUGUGGAGCGGAGAUGGGCGCUUGCUACAAACAAUAAUGUCGAACCAAAGCCUUUUUAGAAGCAUAGCAUUUUCGUCUCUUGGAAAUUUAGCGUCGGCGUCGGAUGAUGACGUCAAACUAUACGAUACGGGUGGAACGUUGUUACGAACGAUAAAUACUGAUGUUGGCUGGGGAGUGAAGCCAAUAUUCUCUCCCGAUGGCAAUUUUCUGGCAUAUUCUUACGGGGACGGAAAGGUCGGACUUCUAAAUAUCAGCGGAGAUGGAGAUUCGGUGCGGACUCUGGAGGGCCACAUUGACAACGUGGUUGCUAUGGCGUUCUCCCCCGAUGGUGAAAUCCUUGCUGUUUUCGGAGAGAAUGGAACGAUCAAGCUGUGGGGGGUGGAUACCGGGGACGCACUGCGAGAUAUGGAUCUUGCAAACCCGCGUGAUAGGCGCUAUAAUUACCUCCGUCAGCCAAUCUUGAGGUUUUCCUUGGACGGUGGAACUUUGAUGUCGACGUCGAGGUUUGAAGAAACCUGUACGGUAAACCUGUGGGAUUCUAGCGCCGGGGUCCUACUACAGGAAUAUACCGAUGCGGCAAGCACCCUAGAAUUUGCCUCCCACGUUGACACAGUAAAAUCGUGGCCCGCGGACGUCUUAGCAUCUCUGAGGUCUUUGGCUAUGAGGGAGAUGUCUAGAAAACCAUAUUCCUCUACCGAAAGUCCUUAUGACAAACUGAACCAACCGCCCAAGGAACAUGAACAACACCACAUAAUCGUCGAGAACGAAUGGGUGAGUCGAGGUCGUCAGAGAAUUUGGCUACCACCAAACUAUAGACCGUACAGCUGGGCCAUCUACGGUAACCGAGUUGCUUUAGGCUGUAAACCCGGUACGGUUUGGUCCAUUGAGUUUGAGCCCUGA